GGACGAGGCGAAGUUCCAGAUACUGCUCGCGGAGCGCAAGGUCGACCUGGACUCAUGCAUGGAGAUGGCCGCCUACCAGCACGCGAAGAAGAAGUUCUUCCUCUUCGAGCAUCCGUGGGCCCCUACGAGAGCGGUGGUGGUCAAGGGUAACAAGUGCGCGUUCGGUGCUAAGUCGCACUGGCCGGUUGGCUCGGAGGGCGCCGUGGCGAAGCCGGCUGGCUGGAUGACGAACAGCCCCAGAGUGGCGGAGCAGGUCGGCGUCCUGUCCGACGGGAGCCACGAUCAUUUUCACUUCCUGAAGAGGAGCUCGAAGGCGGCAGUGAGGUACCCGAUGGAGCUGGUCAAGGCUGUCCUGCGCGGGAUCAGGGGCGAGCUGAAGAUCGGGCACGGACUCCACGCGUUCGACGUGGGCCAGACUGCGGAGGAGCCAGAGGUCCUGGCCAGGAGGAAGAUAAGCGCGGCGUUGCGACUCACGGGCGCCAGGCCGCUAUCCGGCGGCUGGGCCGACACCAAUAAGGGCGACGAGUCCGAGCUUGAGCUGGGGAGCCGGCUGGCGGCGAAAGAGACGAGGAGGCUCAGCACAUCUGAACCUGCAGACGCGGCGGCAACGUUCGCGGCGACGCCGCCGCUGAGGGGCUUGAGGAUGUUCCGGUCCAUGGCCAUGCCGCGCAGGAAGCGCGACCGAGUGCUGACCUCCAUCGAUACUUCGAGGGCCCAUUUGCACUCCGAGCUGAAGAGGCCAGUCUACCUGAAGGCGCCAGCGGAAGAUCAUGACGGCAAAGAGGAAUCGCGUCGGUUGCUGCUCAAGGCGACGCACGGGCUACGCGAUGCUGGAUCGGCGUUCGACCAUAUGGCGCAGGACAUCAUGGCGAGGACCCUGAAGGCGAAGCAGGGCGAGCUCUCGCCAUGCAUCUACAUGGUGGGCGAGCUCGUCGCAUGGAUGCACGGCGCCGACUUCGCGGUGCUCGAAUUGGGACCAGAUCCGUCCUGCAGCGAUAUCAACGAGAUCGCGGGGCUCAGCAGGAUCGCGAGGUGGGUCAGGCCGAGCGGAGUGGAGGACGAGAACAUAGAGUGCGAGGCCGUCCCCGGCCACGUUGAGAUCAACCUAGCGCAGCUGGGCCUGCAAGCCCGCGAGCGCAAAGCGGCGGCAACGCAUGAAGUGAAGAGACAGGACAUGCACGGCGAGGAGCUCCAAGGCCGAGAGCGAGCUAUCGACCGAUCCAUUUGCAUGCGCAUCCAGUACUUAACCCAACAUCGCCCUGACCUGCUAUACGCGGCGAAGGAGACGGCCCAGGCGAUGCAGAGUCCGACAUCUGGCGAAAGGCAAGCCAUUAAGCGCAUUGGCCGCUACCCCAUUGGCAAGCCGAGGCCGGUGGUGGAGUACGUCCGACAAGCA